AAUAUAAAACGCAAUUUAUGGUAUGCUGGAGCUAGACCUCCUUAUUGUCCUGCCAACUUUGCCUCUGAAUCUGUAUUAUUAGUAAUUACAUAUACUUAACUUAAGGCAUAUGCAACUGCAAUCUUACAUGUAAUUAUAAAUAAAUUUACGCUCAAGCUAGUAACAAAAUUUGGCUGUUUAUGUUUAAACUCAGACAGACAACUAGCACUUUUUUGCCGAGAUGCUUUAUUCCUGCUCACCUUUUGUUCAAGACCAUGUCGAGCGUGAAGGACGGACUCCGUAUAACCACAGUGCAGGAGAAAAAGUUUUAUUCUGGACAAAAAAUCAAUAUUCCUGUUCACCCUGCAUAAAUUUAAUAACUAGAAAUUGAUUUCUUCGAUUCCAUGCAGAUUGAAACGCAAUUUGUUCAGAACAAGAAACAAAUAAAAUUGCAUUCCCAUAUGUUUUUCAUGAAUUUGAAAAAAAUAUUCUUUGCAUAUUUGAACGUAACAAAGUCUAAUGUGUACGAUACUUGUGUCAACGUAACUAUAAUCAUUGUGAUAAUUAUACUCUUCAUAAAAAUCAGAUAAUAUGGAGCGUAAGUGGACACCACUCCAUCCACAUAACAAUUUUGAAUUUACCGUAGGGCGUUAUGCCCUUUCAAUAUUAAACCAGGAUAUUUCGAUACCACCUCAAAAAAUGACCUUGCUAUGGAACAAAGCGGAAGUUAGGAGUAUAGUUGAUGGAGCGACGGACAGGUGGUUUGCGUACGUAAGGGAAAAAAAGUUAAAAAUAAGAAACAAAUUCCCUGAGAUAAUAUCCGGUGAUUUUGACACAAUAUCGCCCAAUACUCUCAAACUGUGUCGGCACAAUGGUGUACACAUAGAAAAGACAUCGGACGAGAGCUUCUCAGAUUUCCAUAAAUCUCUGCAGGUGGUGGGAGAAGUUUACAGGAGGAAACUGGAUUCUGUAUUGAUAAUAUGCAACAAUUCUGGCCGAUUGGACCAUAUUUUUUCCAACUUAAAUACACUGAAUAUAAUGAGCCUUUUUUUCAUGCAAGAAACUCCUCCUAAUGCUUUCUUGAUAAGUGAGGAGUCAUUAACAUGGCAUUUGCACCGCGGUUUCCACAAAAUAUACAUUCCGAAAUACCUUAUCGAGAAUAACGAGUGGUGUGCGAUUCUACCAUUUGAGCCCAAAAUAUCCUCAGUCACGACCACAGGAUUGAAAUGGGAUUUACAGAAUACCAGUAUCCACUUUGGAGGCCUUGUCUGCUCAUCAAACUCGUACAUCGGGCUUCCUCAUGUUACCAUAGCUACAGAUGCGGAACUUCUGUGGUCAAUGGGAAUCAAUACUCCUCCAAAAAUAGGAGUUAAAAAAUAAUUGGCUGUUGUAAAAUGGAAUUGUACAUAUUGCUGAAAUAAAUAACUAAGAGAUUUUAAAUUAA